AUGCAGUUCAGGAGCAGUGGUGAGCAGGGGGUUUACCUCCUUCCCAGAAAGAUGACUUUCUCAGGCCUCUGCUAUCCAGAAUGCGGGGUGGCCCGACCCAGUCCAGUCACUGGCAGCUGCAACGAGCCGUGCGUUAGGCAAUGCCCUGACUCUGAAGUGGUGAUCAGACCCUCACCAGUUGUCGUGACCCUCCCAGGACCAAUUCUCAGCAAUUUCCCUCAGCAGAGCGGAGUGGGAGCUGUAGGAGCACCUGUGGUCGGACCCGGUUUCGGGGGCUCAUUCGGUUCGGGGGGAUUGUACGGCUAUGGAGGAUUGUAUGGUUUAGGGGGAUAUGGUGGUUAUGGUGGCCGUUACGGUUAUGGGGGAUUGGGCGGUUAUUGUUAUGGGGGAUUAUAUGGUUCUGGGGGAUUAGGCGGUUACCUGGGUGGUUAUGGUUCUGGGGGAUUAUGUGGUUCUGGGGUAUCUUGCCAUAGGUACCUCAGUGGAAGCUGUGGGCCAUGCUAA